AUGGCAGAUAAUUCGAAAUCGACAUCAUCAGUAACCCGCGCCUGUCGGACGGCCUUCUUGACUACUGCUACGUAUCGAGACAGUAGAUGGAGGCUGGAACAGUUGCAUGGCCUGCACCAGCUACUUGUUAAUGCGCGUGAGGAACUGAUUACGGCCCUAGGCAAAGAGUGUGAUCGCGAAUAUACCCUUUUGCUCCAGGACCUUGCUCGACACUACCUCAACACCCUGAAACCAAACGCCAGUCCGCCUAGGCAGAGUCUAGCGGGGGCAGCUGUGACACGAAGCCUUCCCGUCGGUGUUUCGCUCAUCUUGGCCAACUCUGCAAACCCGCUUCGCUAUGCUCUUGCUCCGCUUGCGUCGUGCAUCGCAGCCGGAAACGCAGUCAUCCUGGCUACUGAGUCGAAAUGCUCUCGAUUUUUUGCUGUUCUGAGUGAAAAGGCGAGUCAGUACUUGGAUCCUCAGGCAGUUCAUAUUCUUCCCGCGAUAGAUCUGUAA